AUGACAUGUGCUUCAGACUUCAGACCAAGUGUGUCAUUGAAGCGCUCAACUGGAGGUGAACCACUUGAGACAUUCUCGGCAGAUGAGCUCGCAGAGUUUGGUGGUUGGGUUUGCCGCUUCCAGCAUGUUCGGGUCAUCGAACGUUCGACAGAAGGCCUUCACUCGAUCGUGAAGAGGACGCUUGCUCGGGCACCAGCAGCUUCGUUGAGCUACCUUAGCCUCGAUCUGAGAUUCUCCCAGCUUGUCCACACGGCCAUAGUGGAACCGAGACUCUUUCAGCAUGCCAUCGAGAAUCUAUACAAAUCAUUGUCAUCUUUGAGUGGCUUCCGGACUGCCGUUGUUGCAAUCCUUGGUCUCCGCCAAGCAAACCUUCACAUCUGCAACCUCAAGGAGAGGCAGCUGGCGGAUCUACUCUACAGGGAUGAUCUCAGCCUCAAGCACAGUACAGCUGGGCAAAUUCGAAUGGCCGUUGACAAUCUCCUCCAGAAGAAUGCAGCGGAGGCCGAUUCUGGGGAGAGCGGCAAGAGGAAGGCAGAGGCUUUGUCUGCUGCCCUCGUCGAAUUCUUGGUUGAGGUGUGUGAGAGAGACAGACACAUUUUGGUGGCCUUCCCCCGGAACUUCAUUGAAGACCGGCUUUGUUCCAUGGAAUCGGCUUUCUCUAGCAAAGCACUCAGCCACGGCGACGGCGCAACACUUCAUGGCGGUGACAAUCACUUUGCUUUGCCGGCGCAAGAAACUGCAAAGAAUUCACUGGACUUGACUCACCUGACCUUGAAGAAUCAGAAUGUUUUUCUGCGAAUUGAGCGAAAUUUCUAUCAGCACAUGACACUGCAGCAAAAGCCAACCGACUUUGACGUGCAUGUGCAAAUAUUUGAGAAGCGUUGCGCAGAGUCAAUUGAUGGGCAGGAAGAGAUUGCGCCCCUAGGGGAAGCUCGCUUGUGCAAUCUCAAAGAUGCAUCUGCUACAGACUUGACACGGAAAGCUACUUUAUGGACUCUGCAAGAGAUCAAAAUUGACCCUUUGGAUGAUUCAGAUGCUGGGGAUCUCCUACUGCAAAUGGCUGAAGCCAAAGCAUGGGGGUCCAGCUUUGCCCGGGUUGGUUCUUCAAAUUGCACUUCUUUUUUCAUUCCAGAGCCAGAUCCAGAUGCUGGUGUGGAUGAUGAUGUUGCUUGUGCAAAGCUAUUGGCAGCUGGCUUGAUUGUUGAAUCCAAAUCAAACCCACGCCAUUUCUACAUCACGACCAAGGGCGCCAAAAAUCUGCAGAUGAGGCUUCUAGCUGGGAGCGAGCAAUCCUUGGAAGAGUAUCACAAGCUUCCUGUUGGAGAGGGGGACAUUCGACUGGUGUUCCCAGAUCGAACACAGAUGUUCCUGGAUCGGCCAGUGGAAUGUGAUAUCACAUUUUCUAUAGGUCCUAGGUUUGAACUCUUUAUGAUGAUGCUUCACUGCGGGUGGGAGGUGCAGGACUUGGAUCGGAAUGACUUCUUUUCAAAGGGUGAUGAGAAGGAAUUCACCAUCUUGACUCCCGGCGCCGGAAGUUUCCACCGCUCAUACCUGCAGGUGUUGCUGCAGUGUGACUGGCUGUUUGAAGCUGGAAUCUCGUCCAUUUUCCAUUGCCAAUCAAAAGCUUAUUAUGAUUGCAUUUUGUCUUUGGCGAAGAUGGGGGCUGCAGAGAACCUGAAGAAUCUGAAGCCACAUCGACCGGCUGCAGAAUACAAACAGAUGGUGAAGAUGCAGCAGGAACCUGGUGGCGGCAAAGCGAAUCGUUCAAAGGGAACUGAUCUUCUGCAAGAGGAAGAAGAGCCAAAUUUUUUUUUGUCGUCCUCAAGAGCCUCAAGGUGA